UGCCUUUGCUGGAUAUGCGCGAGUGUACCUGCUUCCAGCAGCUAUUAUCAGUUGAGGGGAAAAACUGCCUGUGAGAUAACGUGGGAGUGAGAGGCAGAGAUUCGGUAAAGGAACUGAGCUUUUGAAUGACAUGCAGUCAUGUUUUAUUUGUGCACAAAAACGGAGGAAACAAAUCCUUUAGGAAAAAGAUUUUUGCGCAAACUGCUCCUCCUUCCCAAGCCUUCCCGAUUGUGGUCCCACUCAAACUUAAGACUGCAAAGCAGAGGCUGAGAAAAAUAAGGAGCGAGUCACUUCACUUCUGCGCCACCAAAGUCUCUUUCACACAACUAUUUAUAUUCAUUUGGACGUUACUUCGUGUCAAACAAAAACAUCGGCUCUACAUUUUGAAGAGAUCGGGGAGUCACGCAUGACCACCGACCCUUGAAUUUUUUUAUUUUCUAGCUCAACGAUAGACCGACGGUUGGAUGUCAAAUGGUCCAUAAUAACUUGCAAAAUACGCACUCACUUUUGGACAGACACAUGGAUUCGCUCGAAAACCCUGGACUACAAUCACAUGGAAAAGGAGCACGGAGAAAAGGCAGAUUCAAAGGAUCAGAUGGCAGCACCUCUUCAGAUACAACAACCAACAGCUUUGUGCGACAGGGUUCGGCGGACUCCUACACCAGCCGUCCAUCAGACUCCGAUGUUUCCCUGGAGGAGGAUAAGGAGGCAGUGCGACGAGAGGCAGAGCGGCAGGCUCAGACACAGCUCGACAAGGCCAAGACUAAACCAGUUGCAUUUGCUGUCCGCACAAAUGUCAACUACUGCGCCACCAAUGAUGAUGGCGUCCCCGUGCCGGGCAUGGCCAUCUCCUUUGAGGCUAAAGACUUCCUCCACGUCAAAGAGAAAUUUAAUAAUGACUGGUGGAUAGGUCGUCUGGUGAAGGAAGGCUGUGAAAUCGGUUUCAUCCCCAGUCCUGUGAAGAUCGAGAACACUCGGGUACAACACGAGCAGAGAGCCAAACAGGGCAAGUUCCACUCCAGUAAAUCGGGAGCAAACUCCUCUACCAGUUUAGGUGAAGUGGUUCCUAACUCGCGGAAAUCCACCCCCCCUUCCUCUGCCGUUGACAUAGACGCCACAGGCUUAGACCCCGAGGACAAUGAGCUUCCAGUCCACCUUCGCUCCCCUAAAGUCAGUCAGCCAAACACUGUCAUGUCACCCACCCUAGCCAAAGACAAACGAAUGCCCUUCUUUAAGAAGACGGAACACAUUCCUCCAUACGACGUUGUGCCUUCCAUGCGACCUGUGGUCCUGGUUGGACCGUCACUGAAGGGCUACGAGGUGACAGAUAUGAUGCAAAAAGCACUGUUUGACUUUUUGAAACACAGAUUUGAGGGAAGAAUAUCAAUCACUCGAGUCACUGCAGACAUCUCUCUUGCCAAACGCUCCGUCCUCAACAACCCUAGUAAACACGCCAUCAUCGAGCGAUCCAACACACGCUCCAACCUUGUAGCUGAAGUGCAGAGUGAGAUAGAGCGUAUCUUUGAACUGGCCCGGACCUUACAGCUGGUGGUUCUGGACGCAGACACCAUCAACCACCCGGCCCAACUGGGCAAGACAUCCCUGGCUCCUAUCAUCGUCUACGUCAAGAUCUCCUCUCCUAAGGUUCUGCAGAGGCUCAUCAAGUCCAGAGGGAAGUCCCAGGCUAAGCACCUCAAUGUCCAGAUGGUUGCCGCAGACAAAUUGGCCCAGUGCCCUGCCGAGAUGUUUGACAUCAUCCUGGAUGAGAACCAGCUGGAGGAUGCGUGUGAGCACAUGGCUGAUUACCUGGAGGCCUACUGGAAGAGCACCCACCCCGCCAGCUGCAACCCCCCCAACCCGCUGCUGGCCAAGCUGGCCACAGACGCCCUGCCCUCCAGCCCCGCUCCCGUCUCCACCAUGCAGGGCAGCGGGGCAGAGGAGAAAGCAGGGGACAAGACAGGACAAGACGGGGAGAGGAAGAGCUCCAGAGAGGACCACCAGCACCACCAUCACCAUCACAGCCAGCAUCAGAGCCAGGAGCAGCCAGGUGUGGAGGGGGAGGAGGAGAGGGAGGAGGAGGAGGAGAGGCCCCUAAGGACAGAGUCUUCCAGGAGACCCCAGCACGUCCACCACCGCUCCUCCUCCCAGCGAACUGAGCAGCACCACAACCACCACCACCAUCAUCGUGGUGGUGGUGGUGGCCGGGGCAAGGGUCUCUCCCGAGGGGAGACACAGGACUCCGAGACCCCCGAGAGCCGGGAGAGCAGAGAAAGCAGAGACUCAGCAUACAUAGAGCCCCUGUCUCAACUCCUACACCAGGAAGAGGAGGAUGAUUUUGGAGAGGAGUAUGACGAGGAGGGGCUUGGAGAGGGGGGGCACCCCCAGCAGCAGCAGGGGCGUUAUGAAGCCCAGCCCCAACCCAGGGACCAUCAUCAUCACCACCACCACCAUCACCGCGCUGGUGAGGAGGCGGGCCACAGCACAAUAGGACACCACCGUUCUAAGGAGCGUAACGAGCAGGACCACAACGAGCGCAACAAGCCACGCAGUCACCACCAUCAACGACCGGCCCGCGACCACCACCACCACCAGUACUAUGACCGCGACCGGGACAGGGAGGGGGAGGUUGCCCCCAAAAAGAGGGGUGACACAGAGGACUGGGCCAGAGACCCCUAUAUUCACCAGUGACAGCCUAGCCCCGAGACUCCAACCCCUCACACACUGAGACAGUGGUAGGACUCCCCUCUCUCUGAAACCGUUCUGUUGUCCCAUCUUGCUGCUACACCCGUUUAUGUAUGCUUCCUUUGUAAAGGCCGUUGCAUCCUUAGCAAUGGCAGUAUUUUUAUUAUAUAUAGUAAGUAAAUAAAUAAAUAAAUAUAUGUGUGUGUGUGUGUGUGUGUGUGUGUGUGUGUGUGUGUGUGUGUGUGUGUGUGUGUGUGUGUGUGUGUGUGUGUGUGUGUGUGUGUGUGUGUGUGUGUGUGUGUGUGUGUGUGUGUGUGUGUGUGUGUGUGUGUAUCGAUACAUAGACAUUUUCGUUUAUGUGUGGAUAUGCAUGGAUCUUCUCAAAUAUGCAUAUUUUAAACCUGUGUUUGAUGAAGCAUGACACAACAGCAGAAUUAUCUUCUGUACUGUACUGCUUUCUGUGACUAGCAUUUAAAAAAUAUUUGUCAGGGUUUUUUUAUUUAUUUUUUGUAUGCUGCCACUUAAAAGAAACAUUUGUUCAUUCAGACUACUGUUAGCAAUGACUGAGAAGUGGGAAACCAUGUAACUGGGUUAAAUGCUAUAUAUAUUUGCAAUUGUUUUUGUUUAAUUUAAUUGCUUCUGUUUUCUUGCUUGCGUUUUAAAAAAAAUCUGCAUUGUUCAUUUUCGGUGUUUGGUCCUCUGAUGUUGAUGCUGCCUCUCCAUUGGGGCACACCUUAGUCUGGCCUUACAAGACAAAAAGAAUAGUGACAUUACAGUACUGUUGUUCAAUUUAUAAAGGGUCCAGAAACAUUUUGUAACAUUGAUACACACUCUGUUCAGCACUUUUAGUACAACAUACUGUAGACUGAAUCACAUUGUUGGUGUCAGGUGUACAACUAUUUUAUAUUUUAGAGUAGAGUUAUUGGGUAAAAUCAAUCCACUUUAUUCCAUGAUGGUAUGUCUUUUUAAGUGAAACCCUUUCUUAUGGACAGUUCCAUGCACUUAGUACAGUCCAAUUAGCUAUAAAUGUGCGUUAUGAGAUACCCCAAAAAUAUUUCCUUGAAUUAUAUUUAUUUUCGAUCUCUAAUUGAAAAUCAAUCACAACCACUGAGUGAAAUCAACUGGAUGCUAAAGGUUAGCCUUUCUACUAGGCUAUGGUGCUCAAGAACAGUUGUAAUAACCUAGUUAUAACAUAACUCCAGUCCAGGGCGUUACAUGUGGCUUUCUAAUGCUGAGCCUCAGUGUCGGCAAGCCCCACAUAACGCACUGGACAAGAGCUAGUUAUAAAGUUUGCAUUGAUGAUGAUGUUAGGGUCCUUACUUGAGGAAAUGUGAUUUAGAUGAAUGUCUGAGUUAUAAGAAGUAGAUCCCUAGUGAGGUUUCUUAGUUCAGGCUGCUCUCUGUAAGGAGGUUAGGGGUAUGUGCCCCAAAUGUCACCCUGCUCCCUACAUAUAGUGCACUACUUUUGACCAGGGCCCAUAGAGAUCUACUCAAAAGUUGUGCACUAUUUAGGGAAUAGGGUACAAUUUGAGAUGCAGCCGAGGUCACAUACUCUGGCCCUCUGUUUACAUUACCACCAACCAGCCAGUCCCCUAGAACAAUUUUAUUUUUUUAGUUUUAUUUUUGCCUAAAAUAUUAUGAUUAUCCAUUUAUAUGCUACUCUAGUAGCACUACACAUUUUUAAGAGUGUACAUAUGUAUGUACAUAUGUAUAAAUACAAAAAAAUAAACUUGGCAACAAAGAAUUGAUGUACAAGAA